AAUACUCGGCUUAAAACUGGAUUUGCUUCAGUUUCAUUCGAGAGUCGGCUGCACUCGCACAUAUUUACUGGAGGAGAAAUAGAAAUCCAACCAUGAAGUACCUCAUAUUAACUGCCUUUUGCUUGGCAUCCUUGGCCAACCUUGGCCAAGGUCAGAGCCUUUUGAACAAAGCCUUGGGAGUCAUUGGCUUGGGUGAAGCCAACAGCAAAUGUAGAGAGGCUGAAUCCAAACUUGGUCCUGGUCAAUGCGCCAUCUUGUUCACCGACGAUGAUUGUCGAGGUGAUUCAUAUCCCAUGGGAGAGGUGUCUGGCAAUCUUCCUUUUACUUACCAAAACCGAUUUGAGUCGGUUCUAGUCAAGAAGAAUUGUGCUUUCAUCGGCUACGACGAUUCAAUUGACAAAAUUGGACAAGGCUUGUCCAGUUUGUUGACCGGAAAGCGAACCAAUGAGGAACGACUUGAGUCCCUGGAUGAUUCUGCCGUGGUCAUUGCUCCCAAAGAUAAAAACUUGGGCAUCGACUUUGAUGAUGUGGAUUCCAAUGACAAUUUGGAGCAAGACAUUGAAUUUGCCGCGUGUGCGUGCGGUAACGUUGGUCCCUGUCCCGCUGUUCCAAAACAUUUGUGUGCCAUGUGCUAUGACGAGAACGGUUGUGAUCGUUCGGAUUGGGACAACUUCCUGGGCAUCCCCAUUACCAAUUUGUGGAGCUUGAGCCGUGGCGAUGGAGGCCGCAAUGGUAUCGAGUCCUGCGUCGUCCGCAAAGGCUGCAGUUUGACCAUUAUCGAUACCGAUGUUCUGGGCAAUGAUGGCCAAUUUACCUUUACUGCUCCCAAAGAUAGCGAUUACCAUUUCGACAUGAACGGCAAUCCUAACCCCAAGAUCGAUGAUUUGUCCAACGAUGGCGAACAUGUCACAUGCUCCUGUCCUGGAGAGGUGGAAAUGCACAUCGACGAACUGGAAUAAUCUAAAUGUCAUUCAAUCACCAAUACCUCUUUGAACACCAUUCUUUGACUUGUUUCUUAAUAAAAGUCAAUUUCAAAGUUU